ACGUAACAGCGGAAGUCGGCUCGACGAUCAUCUUAUGAGCUGAGUGUCACGCCAUGUAGGUGCUCUAUAUCUGAUGAUCCUACUCAUCAGAUAAUGCAUGCAUGAAAGCGUACUGUAGUUUUGUAGCACCUCCUUACCCCAGAAUCGCGUCUAAAUUGAGUUUUACGUGGAUGGUUCUUUAGUCAUGCAAACGAUGUUUGGCCUCCGUCAUAAAGUUGCAAUAAAAGUGAGGGAGCCGGUGACGCUUUGGACCCUUGCGUGGUUCACGCCUCGGCCUAUGUAGUCCUCGGAAACUCUACCUCCAAUCCACCCACGCUUCACUCCCGACUCUCUCGCAACUGCCCAGCAUGUCGACAGCACAAGAAGACGAGGCAGUCCCUGCUAUUCGAUUUAAGCGUCGCAAGAUCGCGCAUCCGAAGCGCGUGUAUACCGAAGACGAUGCGCCUACAGCCUCCGCCCCAAAUGCGCCCAUUGCUGCGACUCCGAAGGACGCGCCUGUCUCGCCGACCGAAGCCAACGAUGAAGAAGAGUCGGUUCCGAACCUGAAAGAGAUAUUGCGCAACCGAAAGCGGCCACGCGACCGACUGAAGGAAACUGCGCGCAAAGCAGAGCCGCCGCGGACAGAGCUGGUGCAAGUAGAGGCGCCCCGGCCAGACCAGUAUACCAGCCGCUUCGUCGCGCAGACGGGACAGGUGGUAGAUCGCGAUGACAAGCAGAUGUCGGAAUAUGUAGAAGCUCGCAUGGCUGAAAAGAACUAUCGCCAGUACGGCUGGCCAAUACCAAACCACCUCCAGGCUUCCGUAGCAGCCAUCGCGCCAGACCUGCGGCAUACCUUCACCACCAGCUCAUUGGCACAUGGCACGACGAGUAGCACCGAGAGUCCCGCGGAUAACGAGCAUAGCAACCGGUUGGCGGCAGGCCAGGGAAAGCUUCAAGAAGUAGACCUGGGUCCAGAUGCUACAGCGCGCACCGAACAAGCCUGGAAACGAUGGGACAAGGGCGAGCCAGAGCCACCAGCAAGCAAAGCGCGACGAGAUAAGUACGGUUACGCGUGGCGCAAGCCCAAAGCCAACGGCAAGACGGAAGAAGACAGGCGACGCGAUCAAAUGGUCGAAGCCGUACUCAAAGAAGCCAAACUCGACUUCUUCGACUCCACAACCCCCGCAAACCCUCACGCCAACACAUCCACCAACACCGACGACGCCCUCGUCGAACAGUUCCGCACCGAAUACUACGAAUCCAUGGAAGCGAAACAGCAAGCCCGUAAACCACCCGCCCCUCCAAUCAAGGGCGCGCCACCCCCUAUCACAGGACCCAAAUUGGGUGGCAGCAAGAGCGCAAGAGCCAAGAUGCACAAGUUACAGCAGGAAGAGGCUGCGAGGAAGAAGAGGUAAUGUUUGCUGUAUAUGGAUUUUCGCGUUGCUGCGGUGUCUCCGCCACGAAGAUGUGUGUUUGCCAUGUAACGGAAUUUGAUGCACAAUCCUAUUGGAUAUUUAGUUUGGAUAUUUAGUUUGGAUACUCCUUCUUCGUUUUGUUUGUUUCUCGAUCUUUCAGAAGGAUUGAGGUAUUAACGCUAUUUUUGUUUAGUGGUGCGAGGACGAAUGAUGGACGCGUGCUUGCACGAUCGGAGUGGAGAGAUACGCAGGUGAAGAAGACGACUUGGUAUAGCGGUUAGUGAGAUGGCUGUUUGAGAUGUUGAGUCUUCUCGGCAUAAUGGUUAACACUGGCGCUCACGCAACACUUUGCUGACGCAUGGGAUGGACUGUUAUGCUUGAAUCUCAAUGAUGGCAUGCUGAUAUCUUACAUAACGCCAAAUAAAUACCCAAAUACCCUGGUCAUACAAUGAUGGGAAGAAACUAUACU